AUGCCACACUUAGGCAUUGGGAGUCCUCUGACAGGAAGAUGGCUAAUCACCGUCAUCACCAUCGCCAAUGCAUGUUCGAUGGCCUGGUUUGGCUACGAUCAGGGUGUUUUCUCGGGAGUUCUUAUCUCCGCCGAUUUCAAGAAACACUUUCCACAAAUCAAGAACUCUAACAUUUCUGGAAUCACGUCUAGUUGCUUCUCGCUAGGAGCGUUCUUUGGUGCCAUGUUUGCCUUUACACUUGGUGAUACACUCGGUCGACGGAAGACGGUAGGUCUUGGUCUGACCUGCAAUACUAUUGGUGCAGUUCUUCAAGUUGCUUCAUGGAGUCUCCCUCAAAUGAUAUUCGGUCGCAUUGUGAACGGAUUUGGUAUGGGAUUGACUUCCUCAACAUGUCCUGUCUACCAGGCAGAGUGUUCCAAGCCUCGUAUCCGGGGCAAGCUCGUUGUAGUUGGCUCACUUUGCAACACUGCCGCCUUUUGUCUCGCCAACUGGAUGAACUAUAGUCUUGAUUUCCAAGAGAGUGCCUUACAGUGGCGCUUCCCUCUUGGCUUCCAGCUGGUAUUUCCAGUGAUCGUUGCCGUCGCCCUCUUGCUUGCCCCGGAGUCUCCCAGAUGGCUCUUGCUAAAGGAUAGACACGAGGAGGCUCUCCAAGUUAUUGCCAGGCUGGAAGGGCAAGAUGAUCUACACGACCCAGAGGUCACAACUCAGUUUUUAUCAAUUCAAUCAGCGAUUGAAGUUGAACGCAAAAAUCGUGUGCCCACUACAGAUGCCCUGCUGUGUCGCGACAAAACGCAAAAUCUUCGACGAGUCAUACUGUCCUGCGGAACUCAGUUCAUGCAGCAAUUUAGUGGUGUCAACGCGCUUGGAUAUUACCUGCCUACGUUGCUCCAAGAAAGUGUUGGCCUUGGAGAACAAGAAAGUCGUCUACUCACUGCAGUGAAUGGCACCACUUAUCUAUUCGCCGCAUUCUGUUGCUUAAUCAUCAUUGAUCGAUUUGGACGUCGCAAGUUAAUGCUAUAUGGUGCCGUCACUAUGGGCGCGUGCUAUCUUGUAGCUGCCAUUUGCUUAAAACAGGCCGAGGUGGACCCGUCACGUAAACGCCUGAUGGGCCAAGUCACUACAUCCAUGUUUUUCCUGUACUACUUUUUCUACGGGACCAGCUUCGCCAAGGUCCCCUGGGUCUACAACUCCGAAGUAAACUCUCUUGGCUGGCGCACUCGAGGAGCUGCUGCGGCCACGGCAACCAAUUGGAUGGGAGGCUUUAUCGUUACACAGUUUACCAGCGUUGGUGUGAACCAUCUUCACUGGAGAUUUUAUCUAAUUUUUGCGAUCAUUGCCUGGUCCUUCUUUCCCAUCGUUUUUUGUCUGUACCCUGAAACAUCUCGGCGGACUCUAGAAGAUAUGGAUGAGAUGUUCAUUCUUCAUCCUUCUUUUAUUGUGUGUGGAAACAGCGAUAUGACCCAACGCGAGCGGCCGGAGGCUCUUAUCAAUGCAGAGACAGAACGCAUCUCACAAAACACUGAACUUGGUGCAGAAGGGAAGGGGGUAACAACGGCUCAUUAUGAGCAUGUGGAUAAGGCAGUGUAG